GUAAAGACAGAAAGUGCACGUCAGAGUUAGCCGUAGAGAUGUGGGUUUUAUUUUUUUGUUAGGGGGUGGGGUUUGUUUGGGAUGAGGGUGGUGGAUUUUAGAGGGUUUUCUUCUCACUCUCAUCCACACCUCUAUCUUUGUGUUUCUCUCUCAUCAAACACACAGAAAAAGAGAGAGAGGAGAGAGAAAGGGGUUGUGUUUGUGUGCAGAAGAUGAUAUAUGGCUUUUCUUUUCUUUGUUCUUACAUGCAUGCUUAUAAUUGGAUUUUCUUGGUUUUAGCAAGCAAACAUAAACAUUCAAACUUGAAGGGGAAAUAGCUACUUGUUGCAGAAGGGUUUAUUAGUCUGGACUGGUUUCUCUCUCUCUCUCAAAUCUCUCUCGUUCUUGUUUAUGUAUCUUUGUUUUUUGUUUUUUCAAGAAGCCCAAAAGUUGUCUCCUGGGGUGCUGCCAAGGGAGGAAGGAGGCCGCUGAAGGUUUUUGUAAGAGUUCGAAACAAGAAACCUUUGAGCAACAAAAUUGAACUCUUUCUUUCCCCACUUCCACCACCACCUCAUUCUUCCACCUUCCUUUGUCCAUUUUUCACCUACUUUAAUUAGCCCUUUUCUAGGUCAGUGUAUUCUUGUCUUCAGAUCUCAAAAUAUCCUGUCUUAAACUCAACACCAACAACUUAAGAUCUAUCUUCUCAUCCCAUGAUGCAACAACAGUUGGAUUGUUUCUUGCUAAUUAUGUAUCACAUCACAUCCCCUCUGCUGCUAAAAACAAGCAAGAACUAGUGAUGAAAGGUUUAGCACUAAUUCAGACCGAAGAAAACAUGUCCAAUUUGACUUCUGCCUCUGGUGAAGCAAGUGUUUCUUCCAGUAACAGAAAUGACAACAGUGGUGGCAACAACAUGUAUCCUCCUCAGUAUUUCCCUCCAUUGAAUCAACCUCAGCCUCAGUCUCAACCAGUCAAGAAGAAGAGAAAUCAACCAGGCCAUCCAGACCCUGAUGCAGAAGUGAUAGCUUUGUCACCAAGAACACUCUUAGCAACAAACAGAUUUGUGUGUGAGAUUUGCAACAAAGGGUUCCAAAGGGAUCAGAAUCUGCAGCUGCAUAGAAGAGGGCACAAUCUGCCAUGGAAGCUGAAGCAGAGAAACAGCAAAGAGGUGAGGAAGAAAGUGUAUGUAUGCCCAGAAACAAGCUGUGUGCACCAUGAUCCAUCCAGGGCUCUGGGGGACCUCACAGGGAUCAAGAAACACUUUUGCAGAAAGCAUGGGGAGAAGAAGUGGAAAUGCGACAAAUGCUCAAAGAAGUAUGCUGUUCAAUCUGAUUGGAAAGCGCAUUCCAAGACUUGUGGCACCAGGGAGUAUAGAUGUGACUGUGGAACCCUUUUCUCAAGGAGGGAUAGCUUUAUCACGCACAGGGCUUUCUGUGAUGCUCUAGCAGAAGAAAGUGCAAGAUCAAUAACCGGAAACAACAACAACAUCCCACUUCAAUCUUCAGCAAUAUCUCAUCACAUAAACCUCCAACAAGUUCAAUCCCAGUUCAGUAAUAGUGCAAAUCAUGAACUCCCAUUUUCAGUCAAGAAAGAGCAGCAAAAUUUCUGCCUAAGGCCAGAGAUCCCACCAUGGCUAGCUUGCCCACCAACCAUGGUCCCACACCCUGGUCCACCAACACCCAUUGACCUCACUGCCCCAUCAUCAUCAUCCCUCUUCCAAGAUUUUCAACAAAAUCAAGAUUUCUCACAAAAUCAUGAUCAUCAUAAUCAGAAUGCAAACCCUAACCCUAGCAGUACUACUGCUACUAGCCUGGGGCCUACCACCCUACCCCCUUACCAC